GCGCCCGACUGUCCUCCCGGCCUCGGCGCCCAAACGGCUGCGGCCACGGGGCCUGGAGCAGCGGCGCGCGGAGCCGGGGCGCAGGGAGUGUCCCAAGAACCAAUGAAGAGGACACAAGACCCCUGAGGCCUGCCUGCCUGUCCUCCUGGCCAUGCUGACCUUGACAUUCCCCCUCUCGGUUCCCCAGAUGCUGUGGGUUGUCCUCCUGGUCACCUCCCUGAGUGCUCAGGAUGGAAGAGCGGAGAACCUUCUUUGUGGAGCUGGGUGUGCACGCCUGGCCCAGGACCCCGGGGACGGUGAGGCUGCUGCAGGUCUGGCCACGACUGCACAACACUCCCAAUGGGACAACCCCACCUGCACCGAAGGAGUGGUGUCCGUGCCCCGAGGGGAGCGCGCCGUGAUGGGCUGCAACAUCUCCAACCCCUUCCUCAGCGUGGCCGUUGGUCUGGGCACCCCCGGGGCCGGUGUCCAGCCGCUCUUCCGUGUGCGGUCCCCGGGGUGCUUCUGCCGGGAAGGGUGGCAGCUCCGGGUGCAGGGAGGCGUGGCCCAGCUGGUGAUCGACAACGCCAGCGACUCCCAGACCGGAUGCUACAAGUGGCGCCUGCAGGGUCUGCAGAGAAAUAUCAGAGUCACCACACUGAACGUUUCAGGGGCAGUGUCCCAAGACCUGAAGGAGAGAGGACGUCCGCUCUUUGCAAAUCCCUGUGGCCCAGAGACGCCGUGCCCGCCCGAGGCCGGAGACCCGCUCACGGUGGCCCUCGUGGUCAGCAGCGUCAUCGUCGGCCUCCUUUUCCUGGUGCUCGGCGUGUUAGCCUGCACCAAAGGCUCAGGCCCCCCAUGCUACUCCCCCCAGAAGUACUCAGGACCCCAGGAGAGCUGGUUCUGAACUGGCAGGUGGAGGGCCUGUGAGGAGGGUGAUGAACGGGCCUAAAACCCGGAGCCGACCCCAGGAGUCCUGCCCACUCUGAGGCCACCAGCCCCCGAAAGCCGCCCCUCAGGAGUGGAGCCCCACGUGUCCCACCUCCAUCCAGCUGUCAUGCCCGUCCCAUGAACCAGGCAGCAGCGCUGACAGAAGCAGGCCCCCAUCCCUGCCUCUGGCACAGGAGACCCGCUCAGCCCUUCUGCCCCAGAGGCCUGCUUCUGCCGGCUCAGAGGAGGGAGGGGCGGGAGGAGAGGGUGUGACCCAGGCUGACCCCCACCCACCUCAGCCUCCCGCAGCUGUCUCAGCUCCCCGACUACCCCCCCCCCCAGCCCCGCCAGAUUCUCUGGUCAAAAAUGGGAAAAUCU